AUGGCCUCCUUACCCCGGCCAUCCCUCCACCUCUCUCCCUCAGUCAACACCACCACGGUGGUCACGACGACUACGACGACAACAACUUAUGCCCCAAUACCGCUACCCCCACUUCCCGCUCCUUCCUCUCCUAAAGAUCCCAAGACUUAUCCUCUCAUCAACGCGCGUUUUCCUCGCUCUCUUAGACAGUUUCCUCUCGAUUUCCCGGGCGGGUCGCACGCGACAUUCCACGAUGGCGAGGGGUCUGAGGAGGAGAUGCCAGAUGACGAGGUUGUUGGUGGGAAUGGCUGGCGCAUGAUUAGACAUGACGAGAGCGACGCGCGGAAGCAAGUCGACCUCGUGGAGGCGAUCGAGCGGUAUGGGCGAAAGAGGUCCUACAGCAACGAGAACAUGAUGGAGGGCAUCGAAGUCAUUCCUGGUCUCGUCUCGAACACUCCCCCUCGCAAGAAGGCGAAGGCCGCUGUUCCCAUGCUGAAUAUGAGUAUGAGCAUGAAUUCCGCUGCGCCACCGUCUCCUCUCCCGUCUCCCCAUGGCUCUCCCCCGCCGGAGAGCAUCUGGCCAUCGGCACCCCCGAGCGGUCAUUCCUCGCCACAGCCUCAAGCGCCCGUCCAGCCAGAUGCGUCACUCGCGACGCUACUUACCCUACCAUCGCUCCUGGCGCAUUAUUCUAGUCUCCCUCCGCAAUUGCAGUCUCAUGUUCUCCUAACAUUCCUGCGACACUCUCCCUUAUCUGUACUGCGCACACUGCACAACGUAUUGACGCCAACGCUGGCGCGUGACUUCCUCACUCUCCUUCCUCCCGAACUUGUGUCUCAAGUGCUCAGCUACCUGACCUUCUCUGACCUCGCGCGUGCGUCUCGCGUGUCCAAGUUUUGGCGCGCCAUUAUCGAUUCGGAUCCCGUACUUUGGCGCGACCUGCUAAAAGGUACCAAGACUUGGUUCGGCAAAGGCUCCGAGACCGCCUUCGCGGACGCGUUGUUCGCGCGUCGUCGCCGCGAAGGGCUGCCUCUACCGGGCGCGCUCCCACUUCCGCACCCAUAUAAGAUUCUGUUCAAAUCGCGGCACCUCACGCGCACGCGGUGGGUACAGAACGAGAAUCCGAAGCGAAUUACGUUCACUGCACACGGCCGGUCGGUCGUGACGUGUCUGAUCUUCUCGCACGGCCGCAUCAUAUCUGCGUCGGACGACCACUCCAUCCACGUCUAUUCACCCCACACGGGAGAGCUGAUUCGCUCGCUAGACGGGCACGAGGGUGGCGUCUGGGCACUUGCGGCAACGAAGAACACGCUCGUGAGUGGAUCCACAGACCGAACUGUGCGGAUAUGGGAUCUCGAGACAGGUCGUUGUACCCAUGUCUUCGGGGGGCAUACCAGCACCGUACGAUGUCUGGCGAUUGUCAAGCCUGAGUGGAUUGACGUCCAGAACGAUGGUGGGAUCAUCACCCGAGAGAAGUGGCCCAAGCGCCCGCUGAUCGUCACGGGCAGCAGAGACCAUACUCUUAGAGUGUGGACUCUGCCGAAACCGGGCGAUAUCGAGUACCGAUGCUAUGGAGCGGACGAUACGGAGGUUGACCCGUCCGAGGAGGAUGUGGAAGAUAACCCCUAUCACAAACUUCACCUGGAGGGUCAUGAUCAUGCAGUCCGAGCCCUUGCAGCGCGUGGUCGUACAUUGGUAUCAGGUAGCUACGACUGCACUGUCCGAAUCUGGGACAUCAUUUCUGGCACUUGCAAGUGGGUUCUGGUCGGGCACACUCAGAAAGUGUACAGCGUUGUGCUCGAUAUCAACCGAAAUCUUGCAUGCUCCGGCUCCAUGGAUGGCACGGUUCGCGUAUGGAACCUCCACACAGGCGAAUGCCAGCACACACUCACUGGGCACACUUCCCUUGUUGGUCUGCUUGGGCUUUCUCCUUCUUACCUCGUGUCCGCCGCGGCGGACUCAACUUUGCGCGUAUGGGACCCCGAUACGGGCGAGCGCCACCACACACUCGCUGCGCAUAACGGCGCGAUCACGUGCUUCCAGCACGACGAGUUCAAGGUGCUGAGCGGGUCCGACGGGACGCUCAAGAUGUGGGAUAUCCGCGACGGCACUCAGGUACGCGACUUGCUCACUGGCAUCGUCGGUGUGUGGCAGGUCGUGUUCGAGGGUCGCUGGUGCGUCGCCGCGAGCAACCGCCUUGACGCGACGGUCCUCGACGUAUGGGACUUCGCGAACGAGGCAGGCGACGAGGAGUGGUUGGGCGAGCCCCCGGGCGGCAUCUACGACGAAGCGAGCGAUGAUGACGACGAUGACGAGGAUGAUCAGGCGGAGGUCGACGCGAUGGAACAGGAUCUGGACGGGAUGCAGCCAUCGGACCUGGACGACGCGGAGAUCGAGGAGCAGGAGCUCGAGGACGACGCCGUGGAAGACGACAAUAAGCUGCCGCGCAUGGAGGACGUGUUCAGGCGGUUCGCCGGCCCUGCGGAAGAUGCGCAGAUGUUCCUGCAGGGUGGACGUCGCGAUCGGCCCAGGACGAGGGACAUGCCUGGUCCGUCGUCGACGUUACUGCGGCCUCCGCUUAAUAACGAGGAGACGCCGACGCGUCCACGGAUCCGGAACAUGGGUCAUCGCAGACGAUGA